CUUAUAUUGAUUUGGAUUCAUCAAUAUCGUGUGAUGAAAAACAGGAUGGUCAUAUUUAUGGAGUGUUGCCAUAUUUAGCACCUGAGGUUUUGAAAGGUGAGCAGUUUACACAAGUCGCUGAUAUUUACAGUUUUGGGAUUAUUAUGAUAGAAAUAUUAACUGGCCGAAGACCUUUCGAUGGUUACAAAUUUGAUGCUGAAUUAGCAGCGAUGAUUUGUCAUGGAUUAC